GGUUGGGCUGAAGGACACAAGAACCUGGUUUUACAAUCUCUUAUGCUCUGAUGUGAAGUGCAAGUAGCUGGACCUCAUUCUAUUCCAGUUGUUAAGCAAUGAUUGAGGUGACAUGGAAUGAGAACUCACUUACCAGAGAUCUGACUGUGUAUUUAGAAAAUCAGGUCAAAAUCAAUCUGUCAAGUUCAGGGAUAGGUUUGUCUCUUUUUUUGGGAAUCGGUGCUGCUUAUGUCUGUUAUUACCUGAGCACAGUUGCAAAGAAGCCACAGCUUAUCACAGGGUCAGCAACACUCUCUAAGUUUCUACGGAGACAUUGUCCUGUGGUAACAGAGACGUAUUAUCCGACCUUUUGGUGCUGGGAAUCAAGAGUCCAGACACUGCUCAGGCCAUUGAUCACUGCUAAACCUUGGGUGGAAUACAGAAAUGAAUUGAUUAAGACAGUAGAUGGUGGACAUAUUUCCUUGGACUGGAAUAAUAAUGAUGACAAUGCACUCUAUCCUGUUCCUGCUACAAGACCGACCAUACUUAUCUUACCCGGACUUACGGGAUCAAGCAAGGAAUCAUACGUGCUCCACAUGGUUAAACAGAGUGAAAGACUUGGAUACAGGUGUGUUGUUUUCAACAAUAGAGGAGUUGCUGGAGAGAGACUUCUGACUCCCAGAACUUAUUGUGCAGCCAACACUGAAGAUUUGGAAAUGGUCAUUUUGCAUGUACGGAAUGCUUUUCCAGAAGCCCCUCUGAUGGCAGCUGGAGUCUCAAUGGGCGGAAUGCUGCUCUUGAAUUACCUGUGUAAGAUUGGUCAACAGACUCCACUGAAGGCAGCAGUAGUCUUCUCCAUUGGCUGGGAUGUAUUUGCCUGCACGGCUUCCCUUGAGAAACCACUUAACCGGAUAUUAUUUAAUUACUACUUAACCAAUCGUCUUCAAGCCUCGGUCUACAGGCACAGGCAGAUUUUGAAUAAAUUAUUUAACAUUGACUAUAUCAUGAAGGCAAAAACUAUCAGAGAAUUCGAUGAACGGUUUACAUCAGUGAUGUUUGGCUAUAAGACAAAUGUUGAUUAUUACAAAGAUGCCAGUCCUUCUCACAAACUGAAGUCUAUUGAAGUUCCUGUCCUGUGUUUAAAUGCAUUAGACGAUGUCUUCUCACCAGCUUAUGCCAUACCUAUGCAAUCUGCCAAACAGAACCCAAACGUUGCACUACUACUAACUGCACAUGGUGGGCACAUCGGCUUUCUAGAGGGAAUAUUUCCACGACGAAUGACUUACAUGGACAGAAUCUUCAAACAGUUUAUACAAGCAGUCGUUGAGCACAAGGAUGAACUGAAAAGUUAGCUGCCUAGAAGAUGGGAUUGAACAUGGAGAAAUGUGGACAAUGUCAUAGAUCAGCCAGCCUGAAUUACAAUGUAAUAGUCCAAAGCCCACAUGGGAGAAGAAUGGUGAGACAUUGAUGCAUGAGGAAAGAACCAGCAAUAAACAACAAUAUAAUAUCUGCGAUAUAAUCUGCAAUAAACUGUACCGUCCAAGAGAAAGCUGCUGGAAAUGUUGACAAUAUAUUAACACUGUGUUUUUGAAUUAAUUUAUUGGUGGGAGAAUUCUGUUUAUUGGGUAUUGAAUUUCAACUCCUUUUAAUGAGCUGUUUGCAGGCACUUAGCUCGAUUUGUCUCGUAUGCCAGCCUCAUUUUCCAAAGAAAUACCAGAUCAAAAUAUGGUACAUAUUUUACUUUAGAACUCAACAAUAUUUGAUUCCUAACAUUAAUUCCUUUGCUGAUUUCUUCAAUGCAAAGGAGAUAUUUCUGUUUAUAGAAACCAUCAAUAGUUGGGAGAAGUUCCUGCUAAUCUAUACUAUUUAGUGACAUAGUGCCACAGCUAUUCUGGACAAAACUACCUGUAAAACCAACUAUGUGCACUUAGAGUUCAUUCACUUUCCCAGAAAAGUUCAGACACCCAUUAAGUAAUAGACAAAUCCAUUUUUAUACAUUAAGUAUUUGGCAAAGGAAAUCUUACAAUUAAUUUUUGUCUUAAUAAGUGUGAAUUAAUAUAUGAGGUGUUCUUUUAUAUGUUAGCUAUUUGUAAUAGAUGUUACAAUCUGCACUGAAGAACUAAAACAGCAGCAUACCUCACUCAAUACACAAGGUUUAGGAAAUAAGUAUGCAAUUAAUAGUGCACAAAUGCUUAGAGCAUUUAUUUGUUUGAUGUAUUUAUUUAUCAAGUAGAGAAGAGCUGUCAGAUUCUUACUGGUUCCCAGAGGAGCAAUCCCACCGGAACUAGUUGCCUUCUCCUUAACUCCCUGUGGCACUAUUCUCCAUGACACACCAUCAAUAUCCCCUUGCUUCUUCCUGCUGCCUCUCCUACACUGAGAUGUAAUUGAAAGUAUCUAAUUAAUCUGUGAAA